GGAGGGGCGGGGCCUCUGGUGGCGGUAGGGAACUGGAGGGGAGGCGGCAACAUUGUUUCAAGUUGGACAAAUUGACAAGAGCGAGAAAUACACUGCGUUCCAUCCCGACCUGGGGCCGCGGAGCUGGGCCCGGUUUUCCCCUCCUCCACCCCCCGAGAGUCGGGGCCCGCCUUUUGCAGGUUUCCCAGGCCCCCGCUCCAGGGCCGGGCUGACCCGACUCGCUAGCGCUUCAUGGAGAACUUCCAAAAAGUGGAAAAGAUCGGAGAGGGCACGUACGGAGUUGUGUACAAAGCCAAAAACAAGGUGACGGGAGAAGUGGUGGCGCUUAAAAAAAUCCGCCUGGACACUGAGACAGAGGGUGUACCCAGUACUGCUAUACGAGAGAUUUCUCUGCUUAAGGAGCUUAACCACCCUAACAUUGUCAAGCUGCUGGAUGUCAUCCACACAGAAAACAAACUCUACCUAGUUUUUGAGUUUCUGCACCAGGAUCUGAAGAAAUUCAUGGAUGCCUCUGCUUUGACUGGCAUUCCUCUUCCCCUCAUCAAGAGCUAUCUGUUCCAGCUGCUCCAGGGCCUAGCCUUCUGCCAUUCUCAUCGGGUUCUGCACCGAGACCUCAAACCUCAGAAUCUGCUUAUCAACGCAGAGGGGGCCAUCAAGCUAGCAGACUUUGGACUAGCCAGAGCCUUUGGAGUACCUGUUCGUACUUACACCCAUGAGGUGGUGACCCUGUGGUACCGAGCACCUGAAAUCCUUCUGGGCUGCAAGUACUACUCCACAGCUGUAGAUAUCUGGAGCCUGGGCUGCAUCUUUGCUGAGAUGCACCUAGUGUGUACCCAGCACCAUGCUAGGUGCUGUGGGGAACACAGAAGAAAUGGAAGACACAGUCUCUGCCCGCUGUGCUCCUAUCUAGAAGUGGCUGCAUCACAAGGAGGGGGGAUGACCGCAGUGUCUACCCCACACCCCGUGACCCGCCGAGCCCUAUUUCCUGGAGAUUCCGAAAUCGACCAACUCUUCCGGAUCUUCCGGACUCUGGGGACCCCAGAUGAAGUGGUUUGGCCAGGAGUUACUUCUAUGCCUGAUUAUAAGCCGAGUUUCCCCAAGUGGGCCCGGCAAGAUUUUAGCAAAGUUGUUCCUCCCUUGGAUGAAGAUGGACGGAGCUUGCUGUCGCAAAUGCUGCACUACGACCCCAACAAGCGGAUUUCGGCAAAGGCAGCUCUGGCUCACCCUUUCUUCCAGGAUGUGACCAAGCCAGUGCCCCACCUUCGACUCUGAUGUCCUACCCCAGUCUCACCCUCUCCUCCAGUGGGGGCCUGAUCUGCCUUGGCCCUGGGCUAUUUGCCCUCUGAUCUUGUCUGGCUGCCUUAACACCUCCCCCUCUUAGCCAGCCAACUCUGAGGAUAUAAGGGGUGGAGAAGAGAAAUAGGUGAAAAUGAAAGGAAGCUUCAGUAUUAGAUGCACUUAAGUCCCUCCACCACCCUCUCCCCCUCUUCUUAGUCAUUGCUGAGGAGGGCUGGUAUUUAAAAAGAAAAGACUGCCCUCCACAUAGGGCUUGCCAUCCCAAUCUCUGAAAGCCCUGAAAAUUAUUAUUUCCUGUGUUCGGGAUGACAGACACCCCAAGCCUCGCCUCGGCCACUGCGUUUAUAAGGUCAACUGAUAGCAGAGAACCUAAGUUGGGACUUUAGAAAACCAAGCAAAACAAAACAGAGGGAGGGGCCUGUUUUAAAGAAUUAGGUUAAAAAAUAGAUCCAACCAGUUUAUACCCUAAUUUUAGUGUUUCACCUCACCUAACAGUCUGGGAGACUCAAGACUCCCAGUCUCUGCAGUCUUGAUGAGACUGCAGUAGAAACAAUUGCCCCUAGUCCCUCUAUCUGUCCCAACUAUGGGCAAGAGGUAUCUGGGAGGCUCUAGGACAGGGAUUGUACUUCACCGUGGCCUUAUGGGGCAAGUAAAAGUUGUCUGAAUUUUUCUCUUCCUUUUAAGACUCUUGGUUCUUCACAUGCCAGGUCCCAUCUUCCUCUGAAGGCUACCCCCCAUAGGAGUGGAAGUUAGGGUUUAGACAUCAUUUUGAAAAUGCUGACACUUUUUUAGGGCUGUGACUGAGUGAGGGCAUUGGGAAAAUUUUUUUCUUUAAAAGAAGGAUGAACAAUUAUAUUUAUAUUUCAGGUUAUAGUGUUUUUUAAGUGGGAAUGGGUGGAUUUGUUGCCAUGUGCACCUUGGGGUUUUGUAAUGCAAAUGUUUUUAAAAAAAGUAUUUUUUUUUCUUUUUUUGAUGUUUGUCUCCCUUCUCCCACCUCUUGUCUUCGAGUGUUCAUGCUAUUAACAUUAUUUGUAAUUUAGUUUGUGAUUCAUUAAAAACAAAAGUUCCUAGUUUUAUAGUUCA